AUGCCAGACAUGUACGCCAUCCAGCCCUGCAUCAAAGCAGACGCAUCGUCUCAGAAAGACAUCUCUAUCCCGAAAUACACACCGAACAUAAUCCCCUGCAAAAUCCACCACGAUGGAGCCAUUGAUACAUUGGAUCGCUACUGGGCACCCGCGACAGACGAAAAAGACAACACCCAGACUUCAUAUUUCCGCGGCCGCAAACUCCGAGGCCGCCGCGUUGCCCUUCCAGACGGAUAUCGAGGUAGGACAAGCGAGAGCUUUCUACUGGUCUUGCUGGUGCACCAGGGACUAACCGGGUCUGUUGCCCUCCAUCUAGGUAUAAUCGCAACCCCAACUGAGCGCACAUUACCCUCUAGCCAACAAGUCCCCAAUGAUGAUGAAGUCGUCGAAGUUGAACCCGAGGAACCGGUCAAGAUUUUAGAGAUGAAUGGUACUUUUGAGGGCGUUGUAGUAUGGGGUCAUGAGGCUCUUCCUGCGGCGGAUGAUACUUUUGUCAAGGGUGUUGAGGAAUGGUUGCAGUUUGCUGAAGCUAUGCAUGGUACACCGGCUCCAGUGAAUGGGAAAGAGGCUGUUGCUUGA